GACACACCUCAAGAGCCACAGCCCCACUCAGGUCUCACACACAGGUGCAGGGACUGGCCACAGGUGCAGUGACGUCACAUCUUUCCCCUGGGCGCGUGUGCAGCUCGAGGCUUUGCAGGAGGUGCACCUGCGACGGCCCCACUGCCAGCCUCUUGCUGAAGGAACACCAGGAGACAGACAGCAGGUGGUGGGGUACGCUACAGAGAAGAAAAUGUCUUCAGAUAAUCAGUGGUCAGCAGAAGAGGAUGAAGGCCAAUUAUCCCGACUAAUCAGGAAAUCUAGAGACUCCCCCUUUGUCCCUGUAGGUAUAGCAGGCUUUGUGUCUGUGGUGUCCUAUGGUCUUUACAAGUUAAAGUACAGAAGAGAUCAGAAAGUGUCAAUUCAUCUUAUUCACAUGAGAGUUGCUGCCCAAGGAUUUGUUGUCGGAGCUGUGACUCUAGGUGUUCUCUAUUCUAUGUAUAAGGAUCACAUUAGACCUCGAUUCUUCAGUGAGCCCAAAAAAUGAAGCUACAUGCUGGAAGCAAGAAAGACAAGAAGCUUCUGAAAACUAUUUGUUAUGAAGAGUAAAUUUUCAAUAUGUAGCCAAUUUUACUACAGAAGUGUUACAGAAUGCUCACAGCCUUUGUAUUUCAAGUCUCAAUGUUUUAAGAAGUUGAUUUCCAGAUCAACAAUCAUAAACAGUCAACUCAAAUAUCC